UAUUGGUGCUCAUGAGCUAAUGUGGAUAGAGGAUUAUGAAUCAGAUUUAAUUUCUAUAAUUUCAUCAUUUUCUGAAUUAUUGGUCGUUUAUGGAGAAGAUAAAUUGAAUAUUUUGAUGGAAUAUUAUAGAGCUAUUAUUGAUAAUAAUGUUUCUGAAGAAUGGAAUAAUUACAAAGCAAUAAUUUAUGCUAAUUAUAAAACAACAAAAUUGGAGUUGUUGCUUCCAAAAUUAUUCGAAAAAUAUUUUGAAACUUUUCCAAAUAUAUUAAAGUUAUUGA